AUGACAGACAGAGUGGGAUCUCUACAAGAUCAAAGUGACCCAAAGUCGCCGCUGUCCCAUUCCAGGGACCCUCCGAGCCCCUCAGCGCACAUCCCCAUCCCGUUCUCCCGGACCCCGCGGGCUGCGUGUCCCGUCAGGCCCCGCGGCGGGCCCGGCCGCGGCCCGAACCGGAGCGCGCUCGGGAGAGGCGCUGAAGGGGGGCGGGAGCGGCGGGGAUCGGGGAUCGGGGCUCGCGUCAUUUGGGCGGCCGAGAUCGGCGCCGAUGGGGCUGGGCGGGCAAGGAUUCACAUCAUUCUUGCUCUCUCAAAAUGGGAUGUUGUUCCUGUAGGUUACAGGAGAAUUCCAUGCUUCUCCCCAUGUCCAGAACAAGCUAGAGCUGGAGGGAGGGUGUUUAGGGAGGGGUUGGUACCUGAUGCUGUGUCCCUGGUGUGUGUGCAGGACCCCAAGUACCCCAAGGCAGAGAACCUGCUGAGUGAGGACAGCAUCCAGCCCUGGCUUGGCUGCCCCAAGGCUCACAGCAGGCAGCUGAGUGUGGGGCUGUGACUGCAGAGAGCCAGUCCCAUUGGCUGUGUUGACAUUGACACUUCCCUCUGUGACUUUCUGCAGGCUGAGGUGGGAUGCUCCUCAUGGCCCUGUGACCAGCCCUGUCACACCUUGGUGCCUACUGAUGACACCAGCUGACUCAAAGCUGGACCAGAAUCGCUGCAAGGUUCAGAUGUUUUAGGAAGGAGAUCCAGGGAGGAGAAGCAACUGAGGAGCCGCCUGUGGAAGCUGGAUGGGGCUGCCUGGAGCCCAGCCCACCUCAGCCACUCUGCCUGGAUGGAGCUGUUGACAACACAGAACCAGAACCAGGCACUGAGGCCCAGAGCAGGCACGAGCACCCUGGGGGGCAUCACCUGGAGCUGCUGGCCAAGGAUGUGGGAGGUCCUGCAGUGCCAGGUGAGUGAAUCUGCACAGCUGUGUCCUGGGCUGGCUCCCAGCCACUGUGGGCAGCAGGGCAAGGGGGGAAUUCUGCCCCUCUGCUCUGCUCAGGUGAGAGCCCACCUGAAGAGCUGCUCCAGCUCUGGGACCCCCAACAUCAGAAGAGU